CUUUCUGUUUGAGGACACUUGCGGGAGUUUGUCGGUUGUCUCCAUGAAGCUCUUAAAACUGUUAUAAUUAUAAAGAAGCCAGCGGUGGAGCAGUGAUUUGGAGGUUUAACCCAGGUCGUGUUGAGACUGGAAUUUUUUCCCUUCAGUAAACUGUAAUGGUUACACCGGCGAAAAACAGCAAACACACAGAGGGGCCUGAUGAGAAGGUGAAAACACUGAAGCAGUUCCCUCCGUACGGAUCCAUAAGUGGAGCCUCAACAGGAGAAACCUGCCCCACAUGUCGUGGCACCGGGCGCAUCAGCCACGAAGACCAGCUAGUUGCUGUAAUACCAUGUAACGAUGUGAGACUGAAACCCAGACGCACGAAGCUGUACGUGUGCGUCUCCAUGGUUGUGUGUCUGCUUCUCUCCUGUCUGAUCCUCUUCUUCCUCUUCCCCCGGAGCGUCACCUUGACGCCUGUGUCCGUGCUGUCGGUUAUGGUCUACUUCACCCCAAAUACAGUCGAAAUGGAGGUUAGAAAUCUCGUCAACAUCUCCAACGAGAACUUUGUCCCAGUUCAGAUUCUCGACUUUAGCAUUCAGGGUCUGGUAUCUGAAGCAAUUAUGGGUAAAGCCAAGAUGUCCAACAUGAGCGCCCUCCAGCCCCGCUCACAGCAUUCGUACACCACUGAAAUUAACCUGUCUAUUACCGAUAAAGGCUUAAACACGUACUGCAAGUCGAGCUCUAUCAAGAUUCACACGUUAUUUCUGGAGCUGCAAAUGACAAUGAACAUUUCCUAUCUCUCUCACUCGGAGCAGCUGUCUCUGGACACCUUUGAGUACAUUGACUGUGGCACCAACUCAACAAUCCCUCAUCCUGUGAGAUGAUGAAAUCAAAAUGAAAAACACCAAAGUAGGAGUGCGACAUAAUGAAUAUUCUGGCUGCAUCGCGCCCUUUUCCUCAUCUGCGUGGGAUGUGACUUUGUGAAUGAUAACUGCUGUAAAAAUGCAUUUUUAUCCACAGAUCCAUGUAUUUUACUUAAGAAUGACUACCAAUAAAACAGUGGAGAAAUACUUCAGUAAGACAAAUAUUGGCAAGAAAAUAAAGUACUAUUUAGCAAAUAGUAAGUAAAUGUACUAAGUUACAUUCCACCACUGAUUCUGUAUGUUGUUUUAGCAUACCUUAAUACUAAAAUCACUACAAUUUUCGAAAGAUGAUUCAAAUAUUAUAUCUUAAAAUGAAUGUUUUUUGCUUAUUUGAUUGAGGUUUGCCUUAUCUGUAUUACAGGCAAAGUGGUCUCAUAAAAGUGUGUGAAACAAACACAGUGUUUUAAAUUCUUAAAAAUGUACUUUUUUUUUUUUUAAAUUUAACUAAUUUCUCACCGUUUUUGGAAAGGAUGCCAUUGAUUGUGUUAAUAGAAUUUUAAUGUUUGAUUGUCUUUUGUCAUUUGCACUUUAUUAAACUGUGGCAUUAAA